UAUCUUGACAAACACAAUGGGAUUCGCUCGUAUCGGAUCCACUUGAGUAGGCCAACAAAAUUCGGGCAGCAGUCCGGUAGCUCCUCAGUUGCCACUUUAACUUGGAGCCAAGAGGUUCAAGAGACAUGCGCCGCGAACCCGUAAUUCCCCGGGCCACUUUGGCCGUUCUUAUUCUCUGCGCGUGCCUGGCUCCUGCGAAAUGCCUGUACGAAAGUCAAAUCCUUAGCUUCCUCGAUGAAUUAAAGUUGCGCAUGUGCCAUCCUAUUCCCAGCCUGGGCUUGCCGGCAUUAGAUCCUCUCGAGAUUAAACAUGCUGACGGUGCUGUGGAUGGCAAAUAUCUCGUCGACUUUACUGGUUCCAUCGACAACUUCCAAUUGCAUGGCCUUUCCGACUUUGAAGUUCCCGCACUCACCCUGCGACUGCUUCGAACAAGCACCAUCAAUUUCACCUUGCCCCUCACCUAUUUGAACUCCACAUACACGGCCAAGGGAUCGCUGGCCUACAUUCUGAACCUGGCAGGUGAUGGCGAUGCCGAAGCCUCCAUCAAGGACUUUUCAAUUCUGAUCACCUUCAUCGUAAGUAACAUAGCGCCCAUAAGGAUCCGAUCGCUGGAUAUUCAACUGCAUUUGGGAGAUCUCAAGAUCAAUUUUGAGUCGUUGCUGGAGGAGGAGCGUGUCAAUGAUUUUAUCCAUGCCCUGGUGAACGAAAUGGGGGUGGAGCUGCUCAGUGACAUUUGGGACUAUGGGCAGGGCACAGUGGUUGACAAAAUUCAAACGGCUAUUAACAACUUUUUGGGUCAGUUCUCGCUGACGGAUAUCAUUGGUAUAAUAACUGGUGGUGGCAAUGAAGAGGAAAGUACUCCUAUAUUCGAUGGCGUGGAACCGGAUUGCAAGCCAGAAAUUAGCUCAAGGAAAUAAGACUGAAAACUACCUCUUUAGAAUUAUAGUUAUAGUGUAAGAAUCAAAAAUACAGCCUAGAUUAAAGACUAUUAUGGGUGGACACUAUA